CAGUGUGUGAUGCUGAAGAUGGCGUGUUGUGGUAGCUGUUUGUGCUGUCAGUGCUGUUGCAGAGAAGGAGAAACCAGAACACCAGAGGAGCUGACGAUUCUGGGCGAAACCAGGGAAGACGAAGAUGAAAUACUACCACGGAAAGACUACGAGAGUUUGGAUUAUGACCGGUGUAUUAAUGAGCCGUAUGUGGAGGUGUUGGAGGGGAUGGACAAUAAGAAAGCCAAAAAGUAUGAAGCUGUCAAGUGGAUGUUGGUGUUUGCAAUUGGAGUAUCUACAGGCCUGAUUGGCGUCUUUGUCGAUUUCUUCGUGCACCUCUUCACCCAGCUGAAGUUCAGACUGGUGGGGAACUCUGUGGAGGAGUGCAGUGAAAAUGGCUGCCUUGCUUUGUCAUUGCUUGAACUUCUAGCCUUCAAUAUGGUGUUUGUCUUUAUUGCCAGCGUCCUGGUUCUGAUCGAGCCUGUGGCUGCUGGAUCAGGUAUCCCAGAAAUCAAAAGUUACCUGAAUGGCGUGAAGAUUCCAGGAGUCGUGCGAUUGCGCACCUUCGUCUGCAAAGCCAUCGGGGUUCUGUUCGCUGUAGCUGGAGGUUUGUUUGUGGGGAAAGAGGGACCCAUGAUCCACAGCGGAGCAAUUGUAGGAGCCGGACUCCCUCAGUUUCAGAGCAUCACCUUCAAGAAAAUCCGCUUCCAGUUUCCCUACUUCCGUAGUGACAGGGAUAAGAGGGAUUUUGUGUCUGCGGGAGCAGCAGCUGGAGUGGCUGCAGCGUUCGGGGCUCCCAUUGGGGGUACUCUUUUUAGUCUGGAGGAAGGCUCGUCUUUUUGGAACCAAGCUCUCACGUGGAAAGUGCUGUUCUGCUCCAUGUCGGCCACCUUCACUCUCAACUUCUUUCGCUCUGGAAUCAACUACAACAAAUGGGGUUCUUUCCAGCUCCCUGGCCUGCUCAACUUCGGAGAGUUUAAGUGUCCAGAUGGGGAUAAGAAGUGUCAUUUAUGGACAGCGGUGGACCUGGCCUUCUUUGUGCUCAUGGGGUUGGUGGGCGGCCUGCUCGGCGCCAUGUUCAACUGCAUCAACAAGCGGCUUGCCAAGUACCGCAUGAGGAACGUCCACCCCAAAGCCAAAUUCAUUAGGGUGCUGGAGAGUCUGCUGGUGUGUCUGGUCACUACAGUGGUGAUUUUCAUGGCCUCCAUGACCCUGGGAGAGUGCAGGGAUUUAGUCUCCCCGGCAGCGAACAACACAACAGCGCUAGUUAGUGCGUCAGCAAAUGAGGACGUGAACUCAACGAUACGGCGGUUCUUCUGCUCCAAUAAGACCUACAAUGACAUGGCAACUCUUUUCUUCAACCCUCAGGAGACGGCAAUACAUCAGCUGUUCCACCAAGAUGCCACUUUUAGUCCAGUCACCCUCUCUCUGUUCUUUGUGCUGUACUUUUUGCUGAGCUGUUGGACAUAUGGCGUCUCUGUCCCUAGUGGACUCUUUGUCCCUACACUACUCUGUGGAGCUUCUCUUGGACGCCUAGUGGCCAACAUCCUCAAAAUAAAUCUUGGUAUGCACAUAUACUCAGGGACGUUUGCUCUGAUUGGAGCGGCUGCCUUUCUGGGAGGCGUGGUACGUAUGACCAUCAGCCUGACCGUCAUCCUGAUCGAAUCAACCAAUGAGAUCACGUAUGGCCUUCCCAUCAUGAUUACACUAAUGGUGGCAAAAUGGACGGGAGAUUUGUUUAAUGAGGGUAUUUAUGAUAUUCAUAUUCAUCUGCGUGGAGUGCCACUACUGGAGUGGGAGACCGAAGUGGAAAUGGACAAACUAACCGCCAGUGACAUCAUGGAGCCCAACCUGACCUAUGUGUAUCCCCACACACGCAUCCAGUCUCUGGUCAGCAUCUUGAGGACCACUGUGUAUCACGCCUUCCCCGUGGUCACCGAGAACCGUGAUAAUGAAAAAGAGUUCAUGAAGGGGAACAUCCUUGUCAGCAACAAUAUCCGAUUUAAGAAAACAAGCGUGUUGACACGGGCGGGGGAGCAGAGGCGGAGGUGCCAAUCGAUGAAAUCAUACCCUUCCAGUGAACUGCGUCACAUGUGUGAUGAGCAGGUGGGGGUGGAGCUAGCUGAGGAAGGUCAGGACAUCCUGCAGCAGAUGCUGGACAGGAGACACGCGCCAUACCCAAGUCUGUACCCGGAUCAGUCCCCCAGUGAGGAGUGGAGUAUGGAGGAGAGGUUCCGCCCACUCACCUUUCACGGCCUCAUCCUACGCUCACAGCUUGUCAACCUGCUCAUUCGUGGAGUGUGUUACGCCGAAAAUCAGUCGAGUGCGUCUCAGCCACGGCUCUCCUACGCAGAGAUGACAGAGGAUUACCCACGUUUCCCUGACAUUCAUGAUCUAGACCUUGCCCUCCUCAACCCACGUAUGAUAGUGGAUGUGACUCCAUACAUGAACCCAAGUCCAUACACAGUCUCUCCAGACACACACGUCUCUCAGGUCUUUAACCUGUUCAGGACCAUGGGGCUCCGCCACCUGCCUGUGGUCAAUGCAGUAGGAGAGAUUGUAGGAAUAAUCACAAGACAUAACUUGACCCAUGAGUUCUUAAUGGCUAAACUCCGACAGCAUUCCAUCACCAUCUGAGACGAGCGCUCACAUCAUCUGUUAAUAACUGCAGCUCAGACAGUCCCGUGUGUGUGUGUGUGUGUGUGUGUGUGUGUGUGAGUGUGAGUGAGAGCCAUGUCUCAACUCGCACUGGGCCAGUAAUGCAGCUCUCACUUUAUAAGCCAUUCCUGGACCACUACAAAAUGGUAAAGCAUGUUCAUACUGACCGACACAGGAACACACACAGGCAGACUUUAUCAUACUAAUUUAAAAGCUGGACAUGAACGCGUCAUUCUCGUGUGUGAUAUGACCGUUCGCCUUGCUUUAUGAACAUCACUGUAGCACUUUUUUUUUUUUUUUGGACAUUGAUUACGUUUUUGUGUCUUUUUUACUGUUUUCUGACAUACUUGUGUUUGUGUUAAUAUGCUCUCGCACUCAACGUUCAUUUCAGAAAGAGUAUAUUGUCUGAAAUAAGGCCAGAAAGGAACCUUUACUGAAAGUAUGGCAUUUUAACAAUAUAUCCGAUCAUUAUAGUGAAUAUAGAUAACCAAGCAUGUCCACCUUGCAGUGUUUCAUAUAUGAUUUUAACUCCUUCAUAAAUAUUCUAAUUCAGAGUCAGGUGUGUUGAAUUGGGAUUAAAACUAAACACAUAACACCUCAUCUCAGAAGCAAGGCAGUUACUGUACUAGGUUGUUGAAAUUGCAUUCUUAUUCUUGGUUUUGUUUUGUUUUUUUAGUACUAAAUUAAUACUCCAGUGUUUUUAAAGGUUUCCCUGCAUGUGUAAGGUAUGUGUGAUGACUACAAACAAUAACUUUGACUUUGACAGUAUCCCUGUACUGAGAACACAACGAAACCCACUGUUUACUCCAAACUGAUUUAUAAUGGAUGCCUAUGGGCUGUUGUUGAAAUUCCAUCAAUGAGCAUUUCAACUGUGACUAUAUAACACAAAUGAUAACAAUAAGAAGUCUUAAGAUAAGAUGACCAUGAGAAAAAAUCGUACCAAAGCUGCUGAGCUACAUUAUUCUUAGAGCUACAUUAUCACAUCAUGAAAACUGACCUAAACCUACAUAAACAUUUUAUAAAGGCUUAUUCCAAAAGGUAUCAGCUGACAUAAGGGCUGCUUUUGUCAAUUUUGAUGUCAAAAUUAAGUCAAGCAACAUAGAUUUUUUUUUUUUAAAUGUAAAGUUAUGAUGCUUUCCAAGCCGGCAUACAUUAGAAAGUCAUAAUCGCUGACUGUAAUUCUGUUGUGUCAGAGUUUCAUAUUAGAUUUAUUAGAUUUGGUGCUCCGGUUUACUCCCCCAGUACAAAGACAUGCGUUGUAGGCUGAUUGGCAUUUCCAAAUUGUCUGUAGUGUGUGUGAUUGUACCCUGCAAUGGGUUGGCACCCCAUCCAGGGUGUCCCUCGCCUUGUGCCCUGAGUUCCAUGGGAUAGGUUUCAGUUUCCCCCACGACUCUGUGUAGGAUAAGAGGUAUGGAAAAUGGAUGGAUAUUGAAAUGUGAUGACACAGUAAUUAGUUUUUUACUGUUUCUGCCCCUAAAGUAACGUUUCUUUUAACUAUAUUUAAGAUUCAAAGCUUCUGGCAAUGUCAUAACAAUAAUGUUUGACCCUGUUUGGUUUUGAUGUCAGUCUAAUCACACUUACAAAGUCAGUUGUUAUGACAUUCUAACAUUAGACAGUGCAGAAAGUGUCAUAAUUGUAUCUCAACAAAAAGUCAAACUGACUAAGCUGUUAUUGGCAACUUGACAUCAAAAUCAACAACAGUAGCCUGACAGUUGGCAUCUGUUGGAAUAGGCCUUUAUAAAUGUUUUUAAUACAGGUUUUUCUCUGUUGCUACUUGAAUACAAUGCUAAAAUUGGCUUUCGAGUAGCGCAAUAGAAAAGCAUUCACUCUAUACCCAGGAGAAAAAUCGGCAGUGUUCUCUGGGUGGGAGGGAUGACAUACGCAUUUCACUCCAUCCUGUCAAACAGAGCGAGUUUAUUCAGCUGCCCUGUAAUGCAGCAUGAGCAGGAGGUUGAAAAGAUAUGGUUGAUAUGCUUUAACUGUUACCUUGAGUUACAUAAGUAUUGGUAUGGGGGAAGGGGGCUUCAUUUACAAAUCAUUUUAAAUAAAGAAGUGUUUGCCCCAACAACUGUGCUUUGAAUUCUCUUAUAAAUGAGUUUAAAGU